CAAAAUUCUAUCGAUAUUUGAACUGAUAAUAACCCAACGUUCGACACUGAAAAUCUUUCAAAUAUUGCAGCCCAUGUCUAGUAAGUAUGUCAAGCUGAUAUAUUACUUACUCCUCAAUCGUCGGCGAGCCAGCGACGGCGGCUCCUGGCCAGAUCAGUAAGUGUCGCUGCCGCCGUCCUGGCACACAGGAAGGCAUCCAUCCCUAGGAGACCGAAUCCUAGACCGGAGCGAUCGGAUGAUUUCAAUUGGAAUGGAUCUGUCGCCUCUGCAGCACGCAAUCCAUUUUUUGAAUCCGCGGGGACACGACGGAAAAAAAAAGUUUUCUGGGUCUGCACUAGAUCUAAUCCAUGCCAACGCGAGUUUUUUUCUGUCAUAUUCGUGUUUUUUUCUUUCUUUUCUCACGUCACUUCUUAUUCUAUCUGGCCUUUUUAUGCUUUGUUACAUAGAUUUUAUCCUUUAGAAUUUGGGGGUUUUAUAUUGGUCGCCAACGAUCGCCGAUAGACUGAUUUAGUCACAAAGGGUUAUAUUUGCUUUGCGCAUGCGAAUCGAUACUUGUGCUGUGUAAUCAUGACGCAAAAGGUUCUUCCCGUCGUCAACAGGGCUGAAGAGGUUGCUACACUCAUUGAUGCUGUCAAGUCACUGAUAGUACCAUUCAUCAGGGCCGCCGAUGAAGCUGCCGCGUUAAAGGUCGAUGGCGGAGCCGCCUUAGUGGCCACGGGCUCUGCGCGAAACUCACUAGUGGAGUCACUUGAGCCCAAAGACCUCGUAUCACGCCUUGCAUUCUCACUUCCGGAGAAGGAGGGGCAUGGAAGGGAAGGCCUGCUGGACAUAAUCCAUCAGAUCCUGAGGUACAGCGUUAACACUUGGGAUCAGGGCUUCCUGGACAAGCUAUAUGCCAGUACCAAUGCCGUUGGUGUGGUCUCCGAACUGCUCUUGUCAGUUCUCAACACCAAUCUCCAUGUAUUCCAAGUCUCGCCUGCGCUUACUAUCAUUGAAAAAACCACGGCGCGUACCUUUGCAGCGCUCUUUGGGCUCAACGGACCCAACGUCGGUGGUGUGACAAUCUCUGGCGGGAGCGCCUCAAACAUGACCUCGAUUAUCAUUGCACGGAACACGCUGUUCCCAGACAGCAAGGUUCAGGGCAACGGCAACCAUAGGUUUGUACUGUUCACAAGCGCACACGGCCACUAUUCGGUCGAGAAGGCAGCCCAGGCGUGCGGGAUGGGGUCGUCAAACGUUGCAGCCGUCGCAGUCGACGAGCAAGGGCGUAUGAUACCCUCAGCGCUGCGAGAUGAGAUCACCAAGGCCAAGUCCGAGGGGAAAACCCCGCUGUAUGUCAACGCCACCGCCGGAACCACCGUCCUGGGAUCCUUUGACCCGUUCGAGGAGAUCUCGGCAAUCUGCAAGGAGUUCGGCUUGUGGAUGCACGUAGACGGCAGCUGGGGCGGGUCCGUAGCCUUUUCAGCCCGGCAGAGGCGGGACAAGCUCGCCGGAGUGCAUCUAGCCGACUCCAUUACGGUCAACCCGCACAAGAUGCUGAACGUACCAGUCACCUGCUCGUUCCUCCUGGGGCCCGACAUGCGUGUGUUCCACCGGGCAAACACGCUCCCCGCGGGCUACCUCUUCCACAACGGUGCCUGCGGCGACGGGCAAGACCCGGACAAGCCGGCCGAGUUCUGGGACCUCGCCGACCUGACGCUGCAGUGCGGGCGCAGGGGCGACAGCCUCAAGCUGGCGCUGUCGUGGAUAUAUCACGGCGCCGCGGGGCUUGAGCGCCAGGUCGACGGGGCGUUCGAGGUGGCGACGCACCUGGCCACGCUGGUCGAGCGCCACCCGGACCUUGAGCUGCUUUCGACCAACCCGCCGCCGUGCCUGCAGGUGUGCUUCUACUACACGCCCGGAGGGGUCGGUGCGGCAUCGGUCGGCGCGGCAGAGAACACGCGGCGGACGAGGGCGAUGGCGAAGCUGUUGAUCAACAGAGGAUUCAUGGUCGAUUACGCUCCCGGCGAGCACGGCAGCUUCUUCAGGGUUGUAGUAAACUGUCAGACGUUGAAGGGCACUGUGGAGGGGCUGGUCAGGGGCAUCGAAGCCGUUGGCCAGGAGGUGGUGGUCUAA